GCCGCCGCCCCGCAGCCCAGCGCCGAGGCCGGGCCGAGCCGAGCCGGGUCGGGCCCGGGCCAUGCUGCUCACCGUGUACUGUGUGCGGAGGGACCUCUCCGAGGUGACCUUUUCCCUCCAGGUCGACGCCGACUUCGAGCUGCACAACUUCCGCGCGCUGUGCGAGCUCGAGUCCGGCAUCCCCGCGGCCGAGAGCCAGAUUGUCUAUGCUGAAAGACCUCUCACAGACAACCACAGAUCGCUGGCUUCCUACGGCUUGAAAGAUGGGGAUGUUGUGAUUUUACGACAGAAGGAGAAUGCAGACCCUCGACCUCCGGUGCAAUUCCCAAACUUACCCCGAAUAGACUUCCGUAGUAUAGCUGUGCCUGGCUCAUCAGGCUCCCGGCAGCGCCAGCCACCAGGAGCACAGCAGUCCCACUCAUCUCCUGGAGACAUAGCUUCAUCUCCUCAGGGCUUGGACAAUCCAGCCUUGCUCCGAGACAUGUUGCUGGCCAACCCCCAUGAGCUGUCCUUGCUGAAGGAACGCAAUCCACCCCUGGCAGAUGCUCUGCUCAGUGGAGACCUUGAGAAAUUUUCUAGGGUCCUGGUGGAGCAGCAGCAGGACCGAGCCCGGAGAGAGCAAGAAAGGAUUCGUCUCUUUUCUGCUGACCCUUUUGAUCUUGAAGCUCAGGCAAAAAUAGAAGAAGAUAUAAGGCAACAGAACAUUGAGGAAAACAUGACAAUAGCUAUGGAAGAGGCUCCCGAAAGUUUUGGCCAAGUAGUGAUGCUUUAUAUUAACUGCAAAGUGAAUGGACAUCCUGUGAAAGCCUUUGUUGACUCAGGUGCCCAGAUGACUAUUAUGAGCCAAGCUUGUGCAGAAAGGUGUAAUAUAAUGAGAUUGGUGGACCGUCGGUGGGCAGGUAUCGCCAAAGGAGUGGGCACUCAGAAGAUUAUUGGAAGGGUACAUCUAGCUCAGGUUCAGAUUGAAGGAGACUUCCUGGCAUGUUCUUUCUCUAUACUUGAGGAGCAGCCCAUGGACAUGCUUCUGGGACUGGACAUGCUGAAGCGGCAUCAGAAAACUGAGAAGUCCUGGCUUCUGCAACCUGGAAGGGUCCCUGAACUGAGGAUGUCAUCAUGCAUGUGUUCCAUUGACCUCAAGAAAAAUGUACUCGUGAUCGGCACCACAGGCUCUCAGACCACCUUCCUUCCUGAGGGAGAGUUACCAGAGUGUGCCCGAUUGGCAUAUGGGGCUGGGCGAGAGGACGUGCGGCCAGAGGAGAUUGCAGACCAAGAAUUAGCAGAAGCUCUUCAAAAAUCCGUAGAGGAUGCAGAGAAAAGCGGUAAAGAAACUACCUCACUGGGAAUGUCCUCAUUACCAACUUCAGACGGAUUUAACCAUCCAGCCCAUCGUUCAGGACAGAGUCCUGAGAUUGGUGAUCCUGUGAGUCUUGCUCACUCCGUCCCUGCUUCAGCCUGCCCUGUGAAGCCCAGUGACCCCGACAGCAUCGAACCUAAGGCUGUGAAGGCUUCAGCUGAAUUCCAGAUAACCUCUGAAAAGAAAGAACAUCUUCCUCUGCAGGAUCUUUCUAAUAGUGCUUCUUCAGCAGACAGUGCUCCAGCAGACCAGAGUCCAGCCAUGCCUUUGCAGAAUUCCUCCGAAGAAGCCAUUGUUGCAGAUAAUACGGAGAAAUCUGCUGAAAGAAGCACCCAGGGCCUCAGAUCUCCUCUCCACACAAGACAGCAAGCUAGUUUAUCUGUCACAACUAGUAGGGUGCAAGAACCACCAGGGUUUCUAGGUGAAAAGGGUUGGUAUCCAGAAAAUCAGAAACUGAGUCAGGUGAAUGGCCUGCAGCAGCACAAAGAACCAGGGAAUCAACAGCAUGGGGUCGGACAACAGAAUGCUCUAAAUGAUCAAGAACAUCUCUGUAGCACAGAGGACUUUGAAAUUCUUGGAGAAAGGCAACAGAAUCAACAGAAAGGUGUUGAUUUGGAAACGACAAUGAAAGAAGAUGGGCUACAACACAGUGUGGACCUUCUGGGUACAGAGGAAAAUAUUCUACCUUCAGGAUGCUUUGGCUGCUCAAAUUCAGAAACACUUAUGGAAGUAGAUACAGCUGAAGAGUCUCUAGUUGCUAUGCUUAACUCAGCGGAUGGUCAGCAUGCCAGUGUCAAGAACAUCGGUGCAUCUGCUCUCACCUUAGAUAAUCCCUUGAUGGAAGUAGAAACAUCAAAAUGUAAUCCUCCUUCAUCUGAAAUUUUGAGUAAUUCAGUUUGCACUCAGGAUUUACAGCUCCCAGACAGUAAUGUUGAAAUGUCUGGAAUAAAUAAAGAGGGUGAGGAUUGCUCCCCCUCCUUGAGUCUUGGUGGCAGUUGUCAGCCCUCUGUGGAGUCAGCAGAGGAACCUUGCUCGUCUCUAACAGCAGCUUUGAAGGAACUCCAUGAACUUCUGGUCAUUAGUAGUAAACCAGCUUCAGAAAAUACAUCUGGAGAAGUUACCUAUCAGUCAGAAAUGAUAACUGAGGGCCACACAGGUAUUCAGGACCUUUCUGAAAGAUGGACCCAAAGUGAGCGUCUCACAGUUACCCAGAAUGAAGACCAUUCACAAGUCUCCUUUCAUCAGAGCAUAUGUGUAUCGGUGAGGGCAGAAAAGUUAACAGACACUUCAAAUGGUGCUGGAGUAGAUGUAGUAGAAAAUAGUAACAUUGGGGAUCUGGGUGAUGGCCUAGGAACUGAGAAGGAAAGUGUCCCCAAGCCUAGGGGAUCCGUAAAGGAGACCAGCUCUGCCACUCUGGCCUCAGCUAAAACGUCUAAGCAGUCACACUGCACAUUAGGUGUAGACAUUCCACCCCAACUCUUAGCAGGUGAGGAGGAUGCAGUCAGUCACACGUCUGAGCAAAUGAAGUCCUUGUCCAGUUUCAUAUUGGUUAAAGAUUUGGGUCAGAGCACACACAAGCCGGUGACAGACAGGCCUGAGACCAGAGAAGAUGUCUGUCCUGAAGCUGCAGGGCCACUUCUUGAAUUUGAACCACCUCCCAGCCAGUCAUCACCAAGUCCCUCCAUUCUUUCACCAUUAAUUUUUCCCGCUGCAGACAUUGACCGCAUUCUCCGUGCCGGCUUCACUUUGCAGGAAGCUCUCGGGGCUUUGCAUCGAGUUGGUGGAAAUGCAGACCUUGCACUUCUCGUUUUGCUAGCGAAGAACAUUGUAGUUCCUACAUAACCAUGGAAAAGGGGGCUAGACCAUACUCCAUUCCCUUAAAAGCUAUACACGUGUACACACACACACACACACACACACACACACACACCACUCAUCACAUAUACAAUAUAUGUAGAAACCUGCAAGCAGAAUGUUGAGCCAGAUUUUUUUUAAAGAUUUUUUUCGGCCAAAGUAACUUAUCUCUUGUCUGAUGAAUUUGUCUAUUCUCUUUGUUAAAAUUUGGGCCUUUUUAAAUGUAUUGGCAGUAUGUGCAUACAAAAGCUUUUUAUUACCAUUAAGAUGAUGUAUUCUGGAAUAAAAUUGAUGGUUUUGUGUAUAGCAUA